GUGUGAACAAACCACGUGAGCCCGCGUUGAGCUUGUCAACUAAGAGCGCCGCCGAGUAUUACUAGCGAGGUCAAUAAAUAUAUAAUUCCUGCGUAUGUGACAGAAGAAUUUCACAUCGAGGGGAAUGGCAUCAGGCGCAAAGAAGCCCAAGCUGGACUCUGGCGGGCUUGCGGAAGGCUGUGUGGACGAACCUCUGCAGAACUUUUUGAGCUGGUGUGAAGAUGUUGGUCUGAAACUCAGUGCGAAGGUCUGCGUGAGCAAGCAGGGCACAGUGUCUGAAUACGGCAUGCUGGCCCGGGAGGAGAUCGAAGAAGGAGAAGUGAUCUUCUCUAUCCCCAGGACGGCUCUUCUGUAUCAGGAAACCAGCAGGGUGAAGUCUGUGCUGGAGAAAGAGAAGCAGUCCUUGUCGAGCCCAUCAGGCUGGGUGCCGCUGCUCUUGGCGUUGAUGUGGGAGUACACCUGUCCGGAUUCUUACUGGAGACCCUACUUGUCUCUCUGGCCAGACCUCAAGGCCCUUGACCACCCCAUGUUCUGGUCGGAGGAGGAGAGAAACCGGCUUCUUCAGGGCACUGAGAUCCCAGAGGCAGUGGACAAGGAUCUCGCCAACAUCCAGAAGGAGUACAAUGAUAUCAUCCUGCCCUUCAUCCGGUCCCACACGGAACUGUGGGACCCAGAAAAACACACGCUUGAGCUCUACAAGAGCCUUGUAGCGUUUGUCAUGGCUUAUAGCUUUCAGGAGCCCCUACAGGAGGAGGAAGAGGAUGAUCAAAAGGAGCCCAACCCACCCAUGAUGGUGCCCAUGGCUGACAUACUGAACCAUGUCUCCAAUCACAAUGCCAACCUUGAAUACUCACCCGAGCAUUUGAAAAUGGUGUCUGUCCGUCACAUCAAGAAAGGAGAGGAGGUCUUCAACACCUACGGCCAAAUGGCCAACUGGCAGCUCCUCCACAUGUAUGGCUUUGUAGAGCCGUACCCUAAUAACACCGAUGACACUGCCGACAUCCAGAUGGUCACCAUUUACAAGGCCGCCUUGCAAGCUGCUCAGGCCAACUCGGAGCGUGAACUGGUGGAAGAGAAGUGGAGGCUGCUGUGCCAGCUGGAGAUGGUGGGAGAUGAGGGUGUGUUUAUCUUCGGCCAGUCUGGUUCACUGACCGACGAGGAACUGUACACAACACUGAAGGUCUUGUGUAUGGCUCCAGAAGAGUUUGAAGAAUUUAAGGAAAAUGAGGGCUGGGAGGAAGCAGAAGAGGAUGAGGAGGAAAAGAUGGUUUUUGCUUUGUCCAAUGAGGGAAUCCCUGACCUGAACCCAGCCUGGAAACAACUACUCCAUGAUAGUGCUUUGCUUACCCUUACAGGAUACAGUGCGGAUUUGAAAUCUGACAAGGAGCUUUUGGACAAUCAGGAGUCAUACAGUUGCUUGAGCAGCAGGGAAAAAGUUGCCCUUCAGGUGCGGUAUGGGCAAAAGAUGAUCUUACACCAGCUCCUUGAGCUGACGCACUGUAACCUACCAUGAACUACCAACAUUCUGGGUAGGAAUUGGGAAAAAAUUACCUUGAGACUAUACACAUUUUUCCCCCCACUGCAGAAAAACCUCUAGGAGUUCUUAUUAAGCAGUACAAGUGCAUCAGGCCUGGAUUAUUUCAGGAGCAUAAAUGCAGGACUGGGCAGCAUGGAGGUGCAGGGAUUAGCAUUGCUGCCUCACUGGGUUCAAUUUUGGACCUGGACUGCAGUCUGUGUGGAGUUCAUGUUCUCAUAUUUGUGUGGGUUCCUCUGACUGCUCCAUUUCUUCCUACAGCCCAAAAACAUACCAGUACAUUAACUGGCUUCUAGAAAAGUUUGGGAUUAGGUGUGUGUGUGUAUAUGCACCCUGUGAUGGACUAGCAGUGUCCUGCCUUGCACCCAUUACUUACAAGGCCAGACUCCAGCUCCCAUGAAAACCUGAAUUGGAAGAAGUGGUUAGAAAAUGGAUAGCGGUUUUCAUUUGCCCAUCUCCUACAGCAGAUCAUAACCUUAGUUUCCCCAAUAAAUUACUGAUGCAUAACAGAUGUUUUCCUAAGAGGUUGAAGUUUACUUUUGUAAUAUUAAAGCUGAAUAAAUCACUUCACAAAAGAUAAA